AUGGAUGACUUGAAAGUGGAGGCGGUGAGGAGAAGGCCCCGACCCCAAACCGUUAAGGAGCUGCAGCGCUUCCUCAGGUUUGCUAACUUCUACCGCCGCUUCAUCUUGGGUUUCAUCAUGAUUGCAGCCCCCCUCACGUCUAUGAUAAGGAAGGCACUGUCCUGUCUCGUAUGGUCACCGGAGGCAGUCAGAGCCUUUCACCUAUUGAAGGAGCGCUUCACCACAGCGCCCAUCCUGCACCACCCUGACCCAGGUCGGCCGUUUGUGAUUGAGGUUGACGCCUCCAGGACUGGCAUCAGAGCAGUCCUCUCCCAGCGACAAGGUCCGGCUAAUAAGAUGUUCCCGUGUGCUUACUUUUCCAAGAAACUGUCUCCCACUGAAUGCAACUAUGAUGUGGGGGAUCGAGAGCUACUGGCUAUGAAGGCAGCCUUCGAGGAGUGGCGGCACUGGCUAGAGGGCGCUCAGCACCCGUUCACGGUCCUCACGGAUCACAAAAAUACCUAUGCUCCUAAACGGAUGAACCCUCACCAAGCACGAUGGGCCAUGUUUUUCACACGCCUCCAUUUUACAGUGAUGUACAGACCCGGAUCGAAAAAUAUUAAGGCCGACACACUCUCCCGUCUUGACAGUGAACCUGACGUAAGCUCUCCGGCAGAGCCCGUUAUCCCCGAAAGCCAGAUCAUCGGCCCCAUUCAAUGGGACAUCAUGACAGAUCGCUCAGGCUAA